AUGGCGAAUCUGUGGAUCGACGCGGAUCCGUCUGGGCUGGUUUGGACGGGCCUCGACUGCGACGACGACCUUGCCAUCUUGGCCGCCAGGGCACUGGAGGCCACAGGAGAGGUGGCCGUGGUGGGUCUGUCGAUCUGUGGGGGCAACGCGCCCCUGCUGCACACGUGGCCCAAUGCGAAGACACUGCUGUCCCUGGCAGAGGUGCCGUGGAAUCUGACCAAAGGUCUGGGGUGGAGAAGCAUGCAGCCUGCUUGGAGAUCCUUGCGCCUCCUGUCAGGCAGCAUCUCAGAGGAAGAGUCCAGCGAUGCUGCGGGGGCGAUUCUCCACGCCGCGGCAUCGUUACCACCUCAGAGCCUCACGGUGCUGUGCCUUGGCCCUGCAAGCAACCUGGCAUUGGCGCUGCGGCGUGGCCCGUGGCUGGCCGAGCGCCUGAAAGGCGCGGUGCUCAUGGGAGGCGAGCUCACCCAUCGGCGUUUGGAUUUGAACUUCAUGACCGACCGAGGUGCGGCAAGGGAGAUCCUUGAAUCGGCGUUGCCCACGAUCUUGGUCCCCAUCCAGACUUGUGCACAAGUGGCCAUGACACCUCGAUGGCUGCAAGGUCUGCAGCAGUGCCCAGACGCCGCAGCUCGCUCGAUCUUGCCGAAGAUGUGGCUUCAGACCUGGAUGAUGCCUCGGCUGGUCAACCCACGUGUUGUGGGGCUGCCCGGGCGACCCACGAGCCCUGGGCUGUCGCAGGGCUUCAUUCCAUGGGACCUCAUCGCCCUCCUCGCCGCAAGCCGUCCGCAGCUCUUCACCUGGGAAUCUUGGGCUGUCGAACUGCCUUCCUGCCCAUCGGAGCAAGGUGAGCCCUGCAACGGCACGAUGCACUCCGAGCCUUUCAGAUUAACGGGCACAUCGCGGGCCGACGUUGCGCUUGUCCCGUGGCUUCAAGUCGCAGAAGACGAGGUGCUGGAGCAGAUCCUUGAGCUGCUAUGCAGGGUUCCAGGAACAUCUGGAGCCAGCCUGCAACCGGGCUUCCUGACACAGCUCCUUCUGGCGACGCUGGCGGCCUUUGUGGCUCUUGCCCUGGGCGCGCGCGGGAUCGUCACUGUCUGCAGGAAUGCCGGCACUUACACACGCCGCAUGAACAAUCACCUGACAUCGCGGCAGAAGCGGGCCUGA